CACGUGGGACCCGCCGGGGUGGUCCCGGAAGGAGCGGCCGCCGGAGCCCGAGUCCGAGAGGUAGAGCCAGUUUCUGUGUGGAGGGAAGACCCUGAUUGCUGGCCUGGAAGUCAUUGUCACUGUCUAGAGUCACCUUCUUCACGUCAUCAGGACUGCUUGAUUUCAGAGGGUGCUCCAGCCUCAUCCAUCCUCAUCUUGGCCUUACUCAGCACCCCUUCUGCACUCCCCCGAAUGAGAAAAAAAGGGGACAUUUAAUUCAAGGAAACAGAAACAGACCUGGACGGAGGGAUGGAGGCCAGGGCCACAGACCUCGCUGAUGGUGGUGGAGGUCUUUGUGUGCAAGUACGGCCGAUGGCCCCAGGGGAUGAGGCUGCCCUUCGGGAGCUCUUGGCAGUGGUGGCAGCAGAGCUGGGUUCAGCCCUUGGAGCCCGGAUGGUGCGGCGGCCGUGGUUCCUGCUGCUGCUAGGAUGUGGCUUUGCACUCCUGGCAGCCUCCUCCCACUCCCUGUUGCUGCCCUUGCUGGUCCUGGCGCUGCUCCUGGCUGUUGGCCGCCCCGCAUUAGCCCAUGUUUGGGGUCUCUACGCCCACCAAGACAUGAGCCUUGGUCUAGGGGCUCCAGGAGCCACAGACUUUCGAUUCUGGGUGGCUGAGGACACAGAUGGCAGUGUGGUGGGUAUGGUGGGUGUGUCAGGGAUUGGGAAAAGUGGAGAUGGGGAGUUGGAGCUGAGGUCUCUGGCCGUGAGCCAAGAGCAUCGGGGUCAUGGGGUGGGCAGGGCCCUGUGCCAGGCUGUGCUGGCCUUUGCCCGUGGCUGCUCUGGCUGCCGGGUCGUGGUGCUGGACACACAUACGCUCCAUAGUCCUGCCCAGAGGCUCUUCUCCAGCCUUGGCUUCCAUCCAGACCCUGCAUGCCUGCAGCCUACACUUAGUGGAUUCCUGGCCGACCUCCCUGUCACUCGCUACCACUAUGCCCUGACUGGCAACAGCACAGAAGAGCACAGCCCAGUGGAUGAGGAGUGAACUUCUACUUGUCAGCUGGGGGACUGAGCCUCCAACAGCCCAGAGACUGAGCGAGCCUCCCUCCCCCCAUCUGCCAGCCCAGAGAUGCCUCUGUGCCAGGGCUGCUGGGGAUGGGGGUCCUUGUGGCAGCUCAGCAGCCUGGAGAUGUGGUUGGUGAGCCUGUGAUGGAUGGGCACUGGAGCUGUGAGGUGGGAGGAUGAUUAUGGGAGCUAGAGGUGGUGAUGGGUGAUGGGCUUAGGUGGAUUUCUAGGGAGCUGGAGGGGGCAUUCUGCUCCAUCUGGUGUCUGAAAGAGGACAGGGCAACUGGGCUGGUCACCAGGCCGUACAAGGUUGGCUGAAAGAGCCUAAGAGUCAGAACUUCCCCAGGUGGUACGGGCUGCCUUGGGAGAUAGUGAAUUCGCCAUUGCUGAGGGGCUCCAGGUGGAGGCUGAAUGAUCACUUGUCA